AUUCUGGAUCCCAUGGUCUCUCGGUGACAAAUAAUUGGUCAUCAUCUUCGGGGCCUUCAUCUGCGAGAUGGGGAAACCAUCUCCCUCUCCGCAAAGACUCCUUACAGAAGCUAUUGCUUUCGGGAGCAUUGCAAUUGCUCUAUACAUUUUCAGAAUGAUAUCGCGGAUUAUUGCAAGUGGAUCCAUCAACCAUUUAGGGCUCGAUGACUAUGUAAUGACUGCAACGAUCAUAAUCUACACGAGUAUGCUCGUCCUCAUUCAAAUAUCCGCACAAUAUGCGACCAAUCUCAUGGACCCCUCAGAAUAUGACCAAGUCCUGGCAAGCCCCCAGGAGGUCGAUAACCGAAUCUUUGGAAGCAAGAUCGUGAUCGGCCUGGAGCAGUGCAUGUUGUUCUCCACAUGGGGAGUAAAGAUCUGCAUGUUAACCUUGUUCUGGCGGCUGACGAAAAAUCUUCGAUUGCAUAUCUAUGUUCAGAUCAUAGCUGCAUAUGUAGCCAUCGGCUUCAUUGUAAUCAUGAUCACAUACUAUGCGGUUUAUUGUCGCCCAUUCUCUCAAUACUGGGCUAUGCCGGUGCAUAAUAUGCAGUGUGCAACAUAUCAAUAUUACUCCAUUACCCAAGCAGUUUUCAAUAUCUCUUCUGACGUGGCCAUGCUAGUUGUUCCAAUUCCGCUUCUCAUUAAGGCACAGCUGAGAAAGAGAAGAAAGAUCACCCUGUUCUGCGUCAUGAGUCUUGGCCUGUUUACCAUUGUCUCUGCAAUUCUCAACAAAGCGUUCAAUUUUGCAUUGCCACUGACGACAAUCUACCAAAUAUGGUACAUUCGUGAAGCCAGUACGGCGAUAUAUGUUGCAAACCUGAUAUGCUUGUGGCCCUUGCUUCGUCGGCUAUUUGGAUUCAGCGCAUUUCAAAACAGCAGCAGGCAGUACCGACAGCAGGCAGAUCGACCCAAUAGAGAAAUAUUAGGUGCUUUGCGGGCACCAUCUAUAACAAUGAGC